AAGUUGUCGGUAAUGUAGGUUUCUCGCGAUUUUGAGGUUUGAUUUAGUAAUUUUGAAAAAUUAAAAUGUUCGUGAUUAGCAAAACGCUUAUUAAUACUUUGUUAAAUCGUUUUAUACAUAGGAAAAUCGUCCAGCAAACGAUCGUGCCUAUAUUGCGGCGAAAUCCCGUAAAUUUUAGGUUAUGUAUACCGUUGGUUGUCGGUAAACAUAGAUAUUUACGUAAUGGGGCGCUAAUUCCUAAAAUCGCUUUUGCGUUGAGUAUCCUGCAAUGGAUUGGGUUUAGCGAGGAGGAUAAAGAUAAAGACUCGGAGCUGAUAAUGACGUUAAAAAGGGCUGUAUUGUGUACACAACGAGAGCAGUACGAUAAAGCUGAGCAGAUGUUGCAUUUGGCUUUGAGGCUGGCUCAGCAGCAACAAAGCCAACAAGGGAUCAUCUAUUGUUACGACUUGAUGGCCAAUUUGGCUUUCGAGAGGUUUGAAUUGGAGAAAGCGGAAAAGUUGUUUGUUGUGGUUUUACAGUUGUUAUUAGGCACUGGGUUGGAGCAAGAGAACUUAAAAGUAAUACAUGUGAGUCUUAAAUUGGCUAGGAUUUGUCAGUUAAAGGCUGAAAUAGAGAAAGCUGACAUAGGCUAUAAAUGGUGCCUGGACAAAAUAGAGAAGCAGAAGAAUAGAAAUAGAGAUGCACAAAUCUUAUAUGGAGUUAUUAACGACUGGUAUGCGCAAUUCUUACUGGAUAAAGGUGACAUACAGAAAUCCUUCUUACAUUUAAACGAAGCCUAUGAUGUUUGCUCGAGAUCCAAUGGAAAAUAUAAUGAAACCAGCAUGUUAUUGUUAAAUGAUUUGGGUAUUACGAGUUUUCGUGCUGGGGAUAUUGAUACAGCGCAAAAAUACUUGAACGAAGGUAUCAGUAUUGGGAGAAAUAUCGAAGAUAAGUCGCAUUUGGGGGUUUUGCACGCCAACUUGGGGCUUAUUUUGAUUGAAAAGGGGGUUUUGAAGGAAGCUGAACGGUAUUGCAAUGAAGCAAUGCAUUUAGGCAAAAAACAUGAUAACAACGAGUCGAUGGAGCAGGCCAAUUACUGUUUUGAUCAAAUAAAACAAAAUUUAGGAAAAUAAUUUUAAUUUAACAAAUUAAUGAUUUUAAAUUUGUAUUUAUUUUUAUAGAUGUAUAUGUAUGUAUAUAAAUUACUAGUUUUUAAUUAAUAAUAAAAAAUUAACUAAGUACACAAUUAUUUUACUCAAAUUCUGCUAUAAUAACCAUCAUACCAACCCCAGCUGACAUUGCCAGUAUUUGCAGGAUAGUUUGAAUUAUGCUGGGUUUUUCUUCGUCCAACAAUUCUGGAAUGACUGAAACAAGGGCAAUGUAAAUAAAACCACCCGCGGUGAAGGGCAGAAUCCAUGCUGCUGCCAUAGCAGUAUCUGUAUUAUUCACUAGUAAAGAUAUAGCUGUACCGGCUAAAGCCCCAAUGGCUGUUGUGAGUUGUAGUAGCAUUGCGUUUUUACGCGACACACCUGACUGAAGAAGUAUAGCAAAAUCGCCUAUUUCGUGCGGUACUUCAUGAAGUAAUAUUGUUAUUGUGGUCACAAUACCAAUUGUAUUGCCAGCUAAGUAGGAUGACCCUAUGGCCAAGCCAUCAGUGAAGUUGUGAGUGAAAUCUGCAGCCAAGUUGAGAUAUCCGGCUACCUUAAUCUCUUUUGGUUCUUCUUUGGUGUUUUCAGACUUUUUGGUGGACUUCUUAUCAUCUUUUUUCUUGUGACUAUGACCAUGUCCUGCUUUGAUGAUUCUCACACCUUUUUCCACUAUCAGGAAAGCUACAAUUCCUGUUAACACCCAUAAACCAACAGACAUAUCGUGUACAUGUCCUUCCGGUUCUUCUGAGUGACUGUGAGCAUGGGAAUGAGAAUGUGAAUGCUCACUACCCACUGCCAUUGUGGCAUGUGGUAUCAAAUGCAAAAAAGCAUCCCCCAAUAAACCACCUGAGGCAAACGCCAAUAAAACUUUCAACAGUGGCUGAUCCUGCUCUGUAUUUUUCAAUGGUACAAAAAACAAAAUAAAAAACGGCGCAGCGCUGAUCAAAAGAGUUGAACCCAUAGCAUUUAUCCACAACUCUUGUGUAUCCAACAUUUUAUUACUCUUUUUAGUCGCCGGUUCAUGAUGAUGUUCUUCUACUUUCUCAUUAGCGGCUUUAGAAUACUUAAAAGACGGUUUUUCGUCGUGACUAUGCCCAUGAUGAUCGUGCCCCUCGCUUAGUUUCACAAUCAACACCAAAAACACGCAAAUUAACGCGAGAAUCUUUGCGCGAAACAUCGUUAGGUUUUAUUUAGGAACUUUUAUCACUUAAAUUUCAUAUGGAAUACGUGUGCUGUUUAAAUCAUCUUUGUUUUUGUUGGUUAGACGCGGUGACGUUUCAGCUGUCAAUACAGGAAACUGUAUUAAGU